AUUCAUAAGAAAAAUGACUCUUUUGUCUUUUAGGCCCUUCUUACAUACAGGAGUGACCCAGUCAUGAGAAAAAUGCUGAAUCAUCUUGAUUUCUAUAUUAUGCCUGUGUUUAACGUUGAUGGAUACCAUUUUAGCUGGACCCACGAUCGAUUCUGGAGAAAAACAAGGUCAAAGAACUCAAGGUCUCGUUGCCGUGGAGCUGAUGCCAAUCGUAACUGGAAAGUGAAAUGGUGCGAUGAAGGAGCCUCUGUGCACCCUUGUGAUGACACAUACUGUGGUCCUUUUCCGGAGUCUGAGCCAGAAGUGAAGGCUGUAGCUAACUUUCUCCGAAAACACAGAAAGCAUAUUAGAGCUUACCUCUCUUUUCAUGCCUAUGCUCAGAUGUUGCUGUAUCCCUAUUCCUAUAAAUAUGCGACAAUCCCCAAUUUCAGCUGUGUGGAAUCUGCAGCUUAUAAAGCUGUGAAAGCACUUCGCUCAGUACAUGGGGUACGGUACAGAUACGGACCUGCGUCCAGUACAUUGUAUGUAAGCUCUGGUAGCUCAAUGGAUUGGGCUUACAAAAAUGGAAUACCCUAUGCAUUUGCUUUUGAACUGCGUGACACUGGACAUUUUGGAUUUUUGCUCCCAGAGAUACUCAUCAGACCACCUGCACAGAGACCAUGCUGGCUGUGAAGAAUAUCACAAUGCAUCUGUUAAAGAAGUGUCCCUGAGAGGGCCGAAGGGUCAGACCAGACCAGAGAGAGCUGCUCUGACCAAAAGCUGCUAAGCCCAGGGUGGAAAUUGUUUUUAAGGAGAAAGGGAACUGUUUAGACUGAACAUAUCUAUGGACUUUAAAAAGCC